UCCUCCCUCCCUCCCUCCCUAUCUCCACCAUCCUCUCCCACCUCCGCAUCGUCGCCCUCCUCUCCGGCUCCGCCCCUUAUUACCCACCUACUAGCCAUCAAGCCAUGUUCCGGACCUUCACGAAGCUUCGGGAUGCAGCGUUGCCGCUCGCCGCCUCGGCGGUACGGCGGUGCUCCGGCGGCAGCGGCAGCGGGAUCCGGGCCGAGGCCAACUGCCCGCGCUGCGACGCCUACAUGUCAGUCCAAUUCUCCCUCCAGCAGCUUCCCGCGCCCCCUCCGGCCGCUGCCGGGGCCAUAGAUGCCGCCCAGCACCACAACCACGACGGGGCGGGCGUGUGCCCGGCCUGCCGGGGCGCGUUCCUGUUCCGCGCCCAGCGGAUCGACCCGCUCCGGGGCGCGUUCCUCGAGAUCCCCGGCGGCGUCGGGGCCGACGACGAGGACGCGGAGAGCGGAGGAUUCGCCGAUCGGAUCAAGAGGAUGUUAUCGGAGCGCCCGCCCGACGAGUUCCCCCCGUUGCCGCAAUCGCCCCCGAUGCAGAUGCCGCACUAUCAGUCGCGGCGGAAGCCGCGGAGGAGACAGAGGGAGGAAGGAGGAGGAGGAGGAGGAGGAGGCGGUGGAGGUCACGGUAACGGCGGGGACUCGUCCUCGGGAGGGGAGGGCACUAGCGCUUCGCCUAAGAGGGAGUGGUGGGGUGGAGCCAGCCUCGGCGAUGAGCUGCCCACCCCUCGGGAGAUGUGCCGGAGGCUUGAUGAGUUCGUCAUCGGCCAGGCCAAGGCAAAAAAGGUGCUAUCUGUAGCUGUGUACAACCAUUACAAGAGAAUAUAUAAUGCAAAUGUACAGAAAGAAUCUGCUGCUAAUUCUGGGCUUCCUGAUGCUGGACAUGAUGAUCAAAAUAUUGUAGAAAUAGAUAAAAGCAAUGUACUCCUAAUGGGCCCAACUGGCUCAGGAAAAACAUUGCUUGCAAAAACAUUAGCACGCAUUGUAAAUGUACCAUUCGUUAUAGCUGAUGCGACAUCAUUAACGCAGGCUGGAUAUGUAGGGGAGGAUGUAGAGUCGAUACUGCAAAAAUUACUUGUGGCUGCUGAGUAUAAUGUUCAGGCUGCACAACAAGGGAUAGUAUACAUAGAUGAAAUAGAUAAAAUAACAAAGAAGGCAGAGAGUGCAAAUGUUAGUAGAGAUGUAUCUGGAGAAGGUGUUCAACAAGCAUUGUUGAAAAUCCUAGAAGGAACUGUUGUCAGUAUUCCUGAGAAAGGAUCGCGCAAGAAUUCUCGCAAUGAUAGUAUACAGAUAGACACGACAGAUAUUCUUUUUAUAUGUGGUGGUGCUUUUGUGGACUUGGAAAAGACUAUUUCUGAAAGGCGCCAAGAUUCAUCUAUAGGAUUUGGGGCACCUGUCCGUACGAACAUGAGAAGUUCUGGAGCUAGCUGUCCAAUGGUUACCUCAACUUUGUUAGAAUCUGUUGAGAGUGGUGAUCUUGUUAGAUAUGGUCUAAUUCCAGAGUUCAUUGGUCGUUUGCCCAUUCUAGUAAGUUUGGCAGCUCUGAAUGAAGGUCAGCUCGUUCAGGUUCUGACAGAACCGAAGAAUUCACUUUCCAAACAAUACAGGAAAAUGUUUAACCUGAACAAAGUUAGGCUGCACUUUACUGACGGUGCACUUAGAUUGGUAGCUAAGAAGGCAAUAGCUAAAAGCACUGGUGCUCGUGGUUUAAGAGCCAUCUUGGAAACUGUUCUAUUGGAGGCCAUGUAUGAGAUUCCAGACGAAAAAACAGGAAAUGAGCGAGUAGACGCUGUUGUGGUGGAUGAGGAGGCGAUUGGUUCUGUUGAUAGGCCAGGUUGUGGGGCUAAAAUUCUCCGAGGGGAUGGUGCGUUGGACCAGUACAUAACAAGAACCAAUGUGAUGAAUUUACGGGAAACUAACGAUGGUUUGGCCGGGGAGCUCGAGGAAGCAUACAUGCUGUCUAGAAUUGUUAGCUUGUAACUAAAAAAAAGCUGGAGGAAGCGUAUAUGCUCAGUUCUGACCAACUUCGUACAUCAUGUAACAUGCCUACCCCAACACAGACCGGCUACUUUUUGCUCACAAGUCACCUGUAAUUUGUUUCUGUUUCUGAGCUCUGACGAGCAGAUAGAUCCGGAGCACCAUUUUCAUGUAAACAGGGGUUGCCUUUUCAUUGAGCAACCCCAUUUUUCUGCUGCCCCAACUGGGCAGCUCGAUUGUGGUUGGCACAGUUGUAAUUGUAAAGAUCAUCAAUUUACUGAUAUGAUAAGAAGGUGCACUUUCACAGGGCACACCAGAUCAAGUGUUCCAAA